AUGUAUUUUUCUUUACUUUUUCCAGUUUUUAACUCAUUUUUCUAUCAUUUUUUCUCUUUUCCAUUCUAUUUACAAUCUCUUUCCCAAUUACAUUUCUUUUCUUUUUCCAUUCUUUUUUUUUUAAAAAAACGUUUUCUUUGUUUUUUUUUUUGUAAUUUUUUCUUUUCUUUCUACAAUCUUUUUUCGUUUCAUGUUUUUGCAAAAUUUCACUUAUUUUUUCUUUUUCAAUCUUUUCUUUUUCAUUCCAAAUUUUUUAUUUUCAUUUUUAUAAUUUUUUUCAAUUUUUUCUCGUUUCUUUUUCCAGUAUUUAUCUUUCUUUUUGUCAAUCUAUUUUCUUUUUUCCCAUAUUUUCUUUUCUUUUUUUCAAAUUUAUUUAAUUACUUUAUUCGUCUCUACUCUGUUUCUUCUUCAAAUUCUCAUUUCCAUCUCUCUUUAAUAUUCUUUUCUCUCCCCUUCUCUCCUCUCCUCUUCCCUCGGUCUCAUCAUCAUAUUAGUGCUCCUCCCACUUUAACAUUCCUUCAAACUAACGACAUUUUUUACAAUCAAUUCAGCUGCCGUAACAACCAAUCAGCGUUCGAAAUUUCAUCUUUGCGUUCAACAAACACCUCCUCCAAUUCAGUCUCUCCUCUUCCCACCUCUUCUCAUUUUUUUUUUUUUUUUUGCUUCUUACUUUCCUCCUCCUUUCACUCCAAAUGCCGCUCGUUUUCUUCUUUCUUUUAUCAUCCUGUCACGAAUUUCGAAACCCUACUCAUGCCCGCACGGAGACAUUUAUAUGCCGCCCGACAAUAG